UUCGUAAUAUAUGUUUUUUUGUUUGUUGAAAGAUUGAGAGGCCUUAACACGGCCCAGCCAUCGAGUGGGUUAUUUGUCGAAAAGCUUUCGGUUUGAGCGGUCUGGUGCUGUUGCUGCUGCUACUGCUGCUUAGAACCUCUUCUCCUGUGUGCUUCAUCCAUCGCGGCACUUUUGAAAAAUUUGCUAAAAUUUAAAAAAAGGCGAAUUUUGUCGAAUCUUUGUUUUUAAUUUUUUUAUAAUUAAUUACUUGGAAUUAAAAAAACCGGAGGCUUUUUUGAAUAAAUAAAUCAAUCUUUAUUGUAAUUAAUGUCCAUUGCUGACUAAUGACCACAAUAUCUGGAUGUGGAUUUGAUUGAUUCACUUCACUUAUGUGUAGAAAGUGUUAAAUUAAAGAGAAAGAGUUGUACUUCUUGGGUUGCAUUUCGAUGUUUUAUGUUUUUUUCUUUCUUAUUUAUCGAAAGCAAUCGACAUAAAAGUGUUAAAGAAAAAAAUAAAAUAAAAUAUAAACAACAACAAAUACGGCAAUAAAACCAAAAAAAAAAGCAAGCAGAAAAAGUGUUUUAAAGCUGAAAGGAGUUAAGCAUAAAAGUGAUUUUUUUUUUAUUAUAUAUUAACAAAAACAACAACAACUACUGCAACAAGAAAAAUCGGUGCCAGUGGUUAAGUUUAAAAUAAAUAAUAAUAAAAUAAAAUUAUUAAAUAAUUGUAUAACUUAAUCGAUAACAACAAAAAAGGAAAGAAGUGUGAUUGAAAGAUUAUACAUUUUACAAAAAGUGUGCGGUAACUAAUCGGGGCUUAAAUAAACACACUCAAAAAGAUACCAAUUAAAAAUAAGUUUAAAACAAGAGGAUAUCUUGCAGAGGAAUUAAAGAAAAAUAAAAUAUUAACAAUUCAUUGGAAAAAAUCAUAUGAGGUGUGACAUCGAUAAUAAAAGAUAACACAACAAACAAAUCUUAAAAACAAUAAAGAUGUCGCAAAACAAAUUCAAUCUAUUCGCACUAUUGGCACUGGUCCUUGUGACCCUAGCCAGCACAUAUGACUGCCCCGAAGACUGCCAAUGUUCUGUUAUAAAUGGUGCUAAACCACCGCACAACUAUGCAAAAUGCUCCAGUCUAAAUGGUCUGAUGAAGAGCAGAAAUCUGCCAAUACAUUCCAUUGAUCUAUCCGGACUCGCACUUACCCGAAUACCAUCGCAUCAGCUCGAGAAGCUACGUGAUCUAACCGCAAUCGAUCUGUCAAACAACGAAAUUGCAGAAGUCGGACGUUUGGGACCACGUGUUAAGAAUUUGAAUUUAAGGAAUAACAGUAUAACGUCUGGAAAGUUGUCGAAAAUUCCAACUCAUGUCCAGCACUUGGAUUUGUCCCACAACGAUCUGACUUACCUACCAUUGGAACUGCGCAAUCUAUCGAACCUUCGAACGAUCGAACUGAACAAUAAUAAGAUAAAUUGCUCCUGCGAAACCUUAGAGGUAAGGAACUGGCUGCAGGAGCAACAUGUCUACACCAAAAGUGUGGUCAAGUGUGCCUACCCCAGUGAGGUGAAGGGUAAACCCUGGCUGCAAGUCAAACAAUCGCAGAUGUGUGAUCGGGAGAAGGCCAGUUUGGGGUUUGACGAAAACGAAGACGACAACGAAUUGAUGAUGGGUGACGCUCCUGCGGAUGAUGGAUCUGGCGACGAAGAGGACGAUGCCAAUGAAGCUGAACUGGGUAAGGUGUUUAUGCCAGUUGAUGAUAAAAAGCCACCAACGACCGAAUCAUCUAAUCCCAAGGAUGAAGUUGAGGGUUCUGGCGAUGAACAUGAACGUCACUUGGCUGAAGAGAAAGAAGAUGGAAUUUUCGAUAAUGAUGAUGGUUCUGGUAGUGGAAUGGGUCCCAUGUUAAACAUCUUCAAACUGAACGAUGACGAAUCCCAGGAAGGAACCCCCGUAACUGAAGAUGAAAUCGUGCCUCUUGUAAUGAAACCAGUUGAAGGUGCUGAAUCCCCCGAGGAAAAAGACUCAACUGAGGCCGCUGAGAAUGGCAAUGACAUCCAAAAGGCAAGUAUAAUGGUGCCAAGAGAUGAGAAUGAAGAGUCCAAAAAUACCUACGUGCUACUUGGAGUGAUUUUGUUAAUAGUUCUGGGAUUGAUCCUCUAUGUUGGUAUCAAACGUUGCAAGACAAACUCCAGGAACCGUGCCAAUGACGCCGAAAAUCCACGCUCCACCGAACUCUUGAACAUGGACAAAAAGAAUCUUGGUAAGCCCAUUCAGAAGAAUGGCAUGGAACAUGCUCCUCUGAUAACCGAAAAGAAGAAGGAAGAAAUAGUCAAACCAGUCAAUGGCAACAGUCGGACAGUCUACGAAGACGAAAAGGACAAGAAGACUCAUGAACCACUUCUAAACGGUGACAGCAAACCUCAAAAUGAAUCGAACAACAACGUUUUACCACCAACUACAGAAGAACCAAGCCAGCCAACAAUUCGUCAACCAGAAUACACCGAACCACCUUAUGACCCCAACCAUCGAAUAAUCCCCAGGUACCCUCCUCCAAAAUCACCCAGGGCUUCGAAACAAAACUACCAAAACGAUGACGAUCCCUAUCUGCCAUCUUCACCAAGAAUGGGCCGUUACAGCCCCGUGUAUUCUCCAGAAACAGGCAAAGUUAAAAUCAAGUUAACCGAGACGCCCAGGCCAAAGACCCCCAUGCUCGUGACAAGGAGUAAAUCUAAUGCUGGCGAUAUUAUCACAACACCAGUAGUAAGAUCCAGAACUUCGGCAGCGCCUGAGGGCGAGGUAGGUCUACACGCGCGGACUGAAUCACCCCAAACACACACGCAAGAAAACCUACAAAACCAUAUGAAAGAACAACAGCAAUAGAAUAAUUAAGUUUAUGUAGGUUAUUUGUAAUUUUAUAUAAAUAUUUAAUAAUUUGUAAAUUAAAGUGAUUUAUUUUUUUUACUCUAUGUAUGUAGGUAUGAUUCAUAUUUUGCUAUCAUUCAAGUGUCCUUUAAAAACCGAUAGUUACUAUUUUUAUUUCCUCUUCUUAAAUGGCGCCCAACACUUGUCUAGUGUAAUGAAUUUGACAUUCGAUCUUAAUGAGAGUGGCGCCCAACUUAAAUACAAAUGAAGAGAUAAAUAAAUUAAAUCCAGUAAUAUUUUUUUCUGAAAAAGAAGUAAAAUUCUCCUAUCCUUAUCCUUAUUUUUAAAAUUUGACUUCAGUCCUCCCAAAAUUCAAUAGCUUAAUUUUUCCCUUCAGAGUUGAGAAACAUUUCUCAUCUCAACGCACAUAAAAUAAAAUACAGAGAUAUGAAACAAAAAGCAUAUAAACAUUUUUUAUUAUAGAAAUAAAAAAUAAACUAUAUAUUGUGAUAAGUUUUAAAUAAAAUAAUAAAAAUCUAAUAAAUAUAUAUUUUCUAAGAAAUUCGUAUUUUGUUGUGUACCUUUGGUGCGUGUUCCUCAUUCAAAAUUGUUUGGUCGAGAAAAAAAAGAAAUUCAGAAUUAAUAUAUUUUUUUAAAAUAUAAAAUCAAUCAAAUAUAUUAAAAUAUAAUUUAUAACGAAAUAAAAUAAA